AUGUCACUAAAGAAACUCUUAAAAGCUCCUAUAAAACUGUUCAAAAAAGAUGUAAUUUCAUUCGUUAUUAUCCGCCGCUAUGAUUUGGGACUUCUGGAAGAUAAACUCCGAUAUAUCAGCGUCAAGCCAACUACUUCCGUAUCGAAGCUACGCCAAAAAGUGUGGCAUUUGUUAGAUCUGCCUGAUUUUUGUGAAGAAGUAAUUAUUUUAAAAUCAGACGAUGAUUGUGUUAUACCAUUGACAGAUCUACGAAAAGGCAAUGACCCGCAACACCCGUUCCUCUUAGAAGUUUGGCUUCCAGGUUCUCAAAUUCAAUCAAAUACAGGACUCCAUAGUAAAUUGCUGACCAUUCAGAACGGUGAAGAGCACUCUCAAUUUGAUCGAACCAAAAUUUUUAACCGUGACGGUACAGAGGACAUCUGCCCAUCAAACAGUUCCCAAUCUACACUAUCAAACGAGACAAUAGCUUUAAAUAAAUUGCGUAUUCGAGACGAAAGAGCGAUAAACCAUGUGUUGACAGACUUCAAUAAAUCUGAUCUGUCAUGCCGAAUGUCCAGUUCUUCAUUCUUCAAGCUAAACUCAAGAAAAAGCCGCGAUAAUUUCACCCUUAUUUUAAUGAAAAUGCAAAGUGAUCUAUCCAGUUUAAAUAACAAAUUGUCAAGUUUAGAGAACAGAAUAACAACAUGA